GACGGGUAUAAACGACGGCAACGAGCGGAGCUUUGUCGCUGCAGCAGCAGCAGCUGAUAAUCGUGAGAGCGCCAGGCGAAGUCGACGACUGCUCUACUAUGAUGAUUUCGUCACGCUGGACUCGACGGUUAUGAUAAAGGUGUACGUCGGGGCGCUGUCACUCCACUAUGAAGCGCUCAGCGUGGAGGCCUCCAAGCAGACCACGGCGGAGGAGAUCGUUUCCUGCAUUGUCGAACGGCUGGGGCUGACGGGCAACAACUAUGAGCUCGCCGAAGUGGCCGGCGAGUGCAAGGAACGACGGCUGUCGCCCCACGAGAAACCCGUCUCGGUGAUGCUGCUGUGGCCGAUGCAUUCGGAGAAAGAUUUUCAUAGGUUUUAUUUACGUGAAAGACAAAGCGAUGUUCCUUGGCUAGAUAAUUAUGGACUGGAUCCACAGAUACUAAGAGACUUUAUACCAUUUCUACUUCAGAAAGAAAAUAGAGAAUAUCCUGAUUUGUGCCAAUUGCCAGACCUGAACGAGGCGACGCUGCUGGAGAACCUGCGGCAGCGCUUCGAGGCUGGCCACAUCUACACCUACGUCGGGAGCAUCCUGAUAGCGGUCAACCCAUUCAAGUUCCAUCCCAUCUACAACCCGAAGUAUGUGCGGCUGUACCAGAACCAGCGGAUCGGGCCCAUCCUGCCGCCGCACAUUUUUGCCAUCGCCGACAACGCCUACUACAACAUGCUGAAGGAGAAACGGAAUCAGUGCAUCGUCAUCAGCGGUGAGAGCGGUUCGGGUAAAACCGAAAGCACAAACUUUCUGCUGCACCACUUGACGGCCCUGUCGCAGAAAGGUGCCCACGGGUCCGGCGUCGAGCAAACCAUCCUCAGUGCCGGUCCGGUUCUGGAAGCGUUCGGCAAUGCCAAAACGGCGCACAACAACAACAGCAGUCGGUUCGGCAAGUUCAUCCAGGUGAACUACCGGGAGAAUGGGAUGGUUCAGGGCGCCGUGGUCCAAAAGUACCUGCUGGAGAAGAGCCGGAUAGUGUCGCAGGGGCACUACGAGCGGAACUACCACGUGUUCUACUAUCUUCUCUCGGGGGCGACCGAGCAGGAGCGGGUGGCGCUGCAUCUGCUUCCGGCGGACAAGUAUCACUACCUGAACGCCAAGAACCUGACGCUGGAAAACUGCGACGAGAAGUACGAGUUCUCCCGGCUGAAGCAGAGCAUGGAGAUGGUCGGGUUUUCGGCGGAGAAGCAGCGGCGACUGUUUGCUGUUUUGUCCGCAGUGCUUCUGCUGGGGAACGUGGAGUUCUUUCCGAAAAAGUCCACCUACCAUCACGACGAGAGCGUCCAGGUGCGGAAUCCGGAAGUGGUCGGACUGAUAUCGGAGCUGCUGCGGGUUAAGCAGGAAACGCUCCUGUCGGCGCUGACUUCGAAGCGAGUGAAGGCCAGCGGUGAAACGUUGAUCAUGCAGUACAAACUGCCGGAAGCGAUCGCCGCGAGGGACGCACUGGCCAAGUGUCUGUACGGGGCGUUGUUCGACUGGAUCGUGCUGCAGGUGAACCAUGCGUUACUGAACAAGGACCAGACGAUGCACACGGGCCACUCGAUAGGGGUGCUGGAUAUCUUCGGGUUCGAGGACUUUGGCCUGCAGAACAGUUUCGAACAGUUGUGUAUCAACUACGCCAACGAACAUCUACAGUAUUACUUCAAUUUGCACGUGUUCAAAUACGAGCAAAAGGAGUACAAGCGAGAGGGCAUCAAAUGGACUGAUAUAGAAUUCUUAGAUAACUCGGGAUGCCUGCAGCUGUUCGAGUCGAAACCGUCGGGGCUGCUCUGCAUUUUGGAUGAUUUGUGCAACUUUCCGGGAGCUACCAACGAAACGUUACUGCAAAAGUUCAACAGUGUUCACAAGGACAGCGCGUUCUACGAGAAACCACAGCGAAAGGAGAAUGCAUUUAUCAUCAAGCACUACGCCGGAAAGGUGAAAUACCAGGUGGCCGAAAUGCGCGAGAAGAAUCUAGACCUGAUGCGGCAGGACAUCGUCAGCGUGCUGAAGAACUCGAGCAUGGCGUUCGUGCGGGAACUGGUCGGCGCCGAUCCGGUCGCAGUGUUCCGGUGGGCCAUCCUAAGGGCAUUUUUUCGUGGCUACUUUGCAUUUAGGUCCGCCGGCAUCAAGCAUCGGAAGGAACGCGCCGACCAGUCCUACAGUAAACUAUCCACCAAGAGCCGCUACCGUGCUCCGAACGAGAGCAUCGUGAGCCAUCUAGUGACGGUUUCAUCAGUGAACCUUACUAUCAAUCGAAUAGCUAAACGAAUCAGUAAUGCCAUGCACGAUAUCACUUCGAACGCGCUCAAUAGCAACGCCCACGGGAACAGCGGAAGUGCCAACACCUACCGGCAGUCGGCGGGACCCGGAACAAUCCACGCCUCCUCUUCCGGCUACGGCUCGAACUCGUCGUCGUCGGGGACGCCCCGGCGAUCCUGGUCCAGCUAUGCAUUCAACAACAAAAACUUCCCGGACGGUAAGCUCAGCUACGAGUGCUCCGCCGCUUCCGGCCAGGCGUCCUCCCCGUCCUCUGUAUAUAAUAGUAGUAGUAGCGCUAGUAAGCAGUCCUCGGCAACGAAUUCCGGCGGCGGCGGUGGUAAGCAGCUGGGCUACGGUGGGAACCUAUCGUCAUCGGCGUCGUCGCUGGCCGCCCGGAACCGCUUCGAACGGUCCUCGCACGACGUGAUGGCACGCGCUUCGCAGAUUGUGAUGAAAAACAAAUCCUUUCGUCCUCGGGAACGGCCGAAAAAGGGCCUUAAAAAUCUCCAAUCGGUCAAGACGCUCUCCGCGGGCCAGAAUCUCACCAACAACCAGACCGCCAUCAAAACUCGCAAACAGCCACUCACCGUCACGGCCCAGUUCCAAAUCUCGCUGAUCGCCCUCAUGGAAACGCUAAAUCAGGCAAACCCAUUCUUCAUCCGGUGUAUCAAGUCCAACCCGAACAAGAUAUCGAACCAGUUCGAUGAAGCCACCGUCACCCGGCAGCUCCGUUACACGGGAAUGCUGGAAACGGUCCGGAUACGGCGGGCCGGCUACAAUGUGCGGCUCACGUACGAGGAGUUCAUCCAGCUGUACCGGAUACUGCUGCCGAAAGGGCUGGUCAGCUCCCAGAAGGACGUGCGGGACUUUAUGAAUACGAUGGACCUGAACAAGCAGCACUACCAGCUGGGUCUGACCAAGAUCUACAUGCGCGAGUCGCAGAAGAUGCGGCUGGACAUUUGCCUGCACACGAAAAUCAUCGACAGCAUCAUCACCAUUCAGCGGUGGUUUCGGUCGAUCCUGCAGCGGAAGAAGUACUGCCAGUACCGGAGCGCGGCCUGUACGAUCCAAACGUACUGGCGGUUGUACGUGAAGGAAAAGCAGGCCAAGUUCCUGCGAAAGCUGCGGUCCGAUGCGGCGACUAUUAUACAGAGUGCGUGGCGAGGGUACACGGUGCGGAAGUGGUACACCAAGCUGAAGACUGGGGUGCAGGUGAUACAGGCGCGCAUCCGGGGGAACCAGGCGCGGGAGCGGUUCAAGGUGACGCUAAGCAAGAAACUUCAACGAGAACGUGCCAAACUACGCUCGACGCAGAGCCUUCCGGCGGUCGAACGGCCGCUGGAGAGUUCAUUCGACACACCGGAGAUUCAGCACCACAAAGCCAUCAUUGGUGGCGUCAGCGGCAAGAAGCAACCUUCGCCCCCGGUGGGCAUCAGUUUCGAAUCGGCCAUCGACAUAGUCAACAAGAACCGAGCCUUGUUCAGCGACAACAGCCUGAGUAGUGCGGAUUUCAUCGACGACGACGACGAUGAUGAGGACGAAGAUGACGAGGACUGCUACGAGGACAUGGGCCUGGUGGACGAUCCGAGUUACGUUUCGUCGGUUCUGAGGCAUGAGGCGGCGCUACUGGAGAAGAACGCCAUCGGUGGGAGCGUGGACAGCGGUCUGCUGGAAUCGCUCUACGGUAGUAGCGGUCAGCAUGCGAAAGUGCCACUCCAUCGGCAGGACGAUGUAUUGGAUCGGCCAAUACGGAAGUACGAGAUCGAGCGUGCGAGUAAGAGUACGUUUGACGACGCAGAACUGGCCAAGUAUCGCUAUGAGCGAGGACUCAGUUCGAUGGGUAGCGGACCGAGCGGUGGUAAGCUACCGGUGCGACGGGUAGACUCGGGACCAUCGCCCAGCCAUCGGGUGCGGUACGAUGCGUACGGCAGUAGUGGCGGCGGGGCUGGAUCCGGUCUCAGCAGUAGUGGCAUGAUUCGAAAUCAAAACCACAGCAAUAAUAGUUUUAGUUCCAGUAAUGUUGAAAUCGUUCUUGUAAAUACCGGUUUAGAUAGUAUCCCUUCUUCAGUGGCCACUUCCGGAAUUGCCAAUAGCAGUGGAAGCAGCGGUAGUAGUCCGAAUGUACCUACCGCCGAACAGCUUCCGCCGCAGAAGCUUCCCCUCCAACGGAAUCUCAAUCGAAACACGCUGAGCCAAACGCAACAACAGCAGUCCAGUACCACACUCAGUCGCCGGGAGCUUCUCUGUAGGAGCCAGGGCGACGAAAUCAACUCAAACUAUCAUCGCCAGCAUUUACAGUCUGCAUCCCUCUCGCCAUCGCUGUCCUCGGCCAACUAUCAGAACGUCCAGUACGGGCCUCCUGCGACAGCAGCAUUCCAUCAGCAGCAACCACACUCAUACAACAAUAACAACAACAACAAUACCAUCAAAUCCACUAGCACUUCCAACAAUGCCAACAGCGACAGUAGCAAUAGUCUCUACAACUACGUUACUCAGCAACAGCAGCAACCAUAUAUCCCACCGGCCCAAGUCAGUCUGCCGUCGCUGCAGCGGGUAUCCAGUAGCUAUCCGGACGACUUUGCCCAGAACUACUACAACACUACCACUCCUAAAGGUAAAGCAGCGGCCCUGCUGGGUACCAAAUCCGAAGACUCCAAAUAUUCCGGCAGCGCCAAGGACAUCGAUCUGACGCUCUCGAAUACCGCGGCCACGAUCAUACCGAGCAAGGCGAGGCGCAUCAAAACGAAUCUCAGUGAUGACUUCUCCAGUGGGGGCAGUGGAGUUGGUGGCGGCGCCGGUUCGGCCGGUCAGACCGGUCUCAGCCGGCGGGGUGCCAUCGCCGGUAGCAUGGAUACGCUUAAGCGGAGGAAUUCCGAUCCGACGAAUAAGAUUCCGCUGUUGGAGGUCAACCGGGGGAACGACAUGUACCAGUCGAGCACCCGAAUCAACAUUGCCGGUCACCAGUUCCGGAAGGUGCAACGGAUUAACAAGGCUGAAAAAUGUGCCAGCUGCCAGGAGAGCGAUUCGUUCGUGAACGAAGGCUACCGGUGUUUGGACUGCAAGGUGCUGGUGCAUACGAAGUGCAUCCAGAACGGGGGUAUCAAGAGUCUACAGUGCGCUGCCAAGCGGUCCAAGCGGAUACGAACCGGAAAGCACGACAAACACGCCCCUAUCGGAGCCAGCACUCCGAACUCCAAGUUUUCCGCCACCCGGGAGUACACCGACUCGACGGAUAAGAUUAUAAGCGAUGCCAAAGAGCUGCAGUUGAUGCAGGAUUUCAUCACGCAGAAGAUCUGCAAGAUGGAAAGCGAUUGCGAGAAGCCCUCGGAGGGCGACCGGGUGUUCAAGCAGGCCCUCCGGGAGUUCAAGGACAAUCUGGUGGCGCAGUACAGCGUGGCGCACAAGCAGAACUCCGACCUCCUCAACAUCAAGUACCGGGAUCUGAUUGCCAACUUUGAGCAGGUGAUCGAAACGACCUCCGGCCGGAACAACGACUUCCCGCUGACGAUGGGCGUCAAUGCCUUCCGGGGGUUCAUGAACGAGUUUAUGAGCUCGCGCGAGACCGAGAAGCCCAAGGCGAAGCGGAAAAAAGACAAGAAGCGAAAACACGACGAGCACACCACCUACAAUGGCCACACAUUCCAGUUAACGAUCAUCAACAUUGCGACGGCGUGCGAAAUCUGCCAACAGUUUCUCCUCUGGCCAAUCGAACGUGGAUUGGUUUGCCAAAACUGUCGUCUAACGUGCCACAAGCGGUGCUACCUGAAGUCGGCGGCCUGCAGUAAGAUUGCUGCCACCGGCGGAGGGCCGCUGGUUUCCGGCGGGGUGGUGUCCGGAGCGAUCAGCAGUGCCGAUAGCGGCGCCGGCGGUGGCCAUCCGAACAAACUGUUCGGAGUGCCGCUGACGGCGCUGUGCGCCGGAUGCGACGGUAUCAAGAUUCCGGCGCAGAUCUACAGCCUGAUCAUGAUGAUCGAGAUGCACGGGCUGUACUCGGAGGGUAUCUAUCGGAAAAGUGGCGUCAGCUCGAAGAUCAAGGAACUGAAGGCCAAGAUGGACCGGGUGGUUGGGAGCUCGGAGGAAAUGGAUUACGAGAGUUACAAUGUGCACGUGUUGACCAAUGUGCUGAAGUCGUUUCUGAGGGAGAUGCCGGAACCGCUGUUGACAUUCGACAGGUACGACGAUUUCCUGAGGGCGGCGGAUUUGUCCGAUGGGAAUGAUCGGGUACAGACGUUGCUGUCGCUGAUCAAAAAGAUUCCACCGGCGCACCAUUGUCUGCUGGAGAGGUUAAUCUUCCACUUGGCGUUGGUAGCCAAGCUGGAGCAGUACAACCGGAUGUCGGCCAGUUCGUUGGCCAUUGUGUUUGCUCCGUGUGUGCUGAGGACGAAUCGGUACGUUCCGGCGCAGGACAGUUUGAACGACAUCGGUCGACAGACCAAGUGCAUGGAAACGUUGAUCACGCAGAAGAUGCUGAACGUGAAGAGUACCCUGGCGGACAUUGAUACUCUGGACACGGCGGCACAUACGGCUACGACCCGGCUUAGUACCUUGAGGAGUAGUAAGGUAUUCACGCCGGAGGAGAUGGCCUCCAACUCUAGGGGAGUCGGUGGAACGUUGGAAACGGAAACGGAAGAGAUGCUGUUGGAAGGACACAUCCAGGAGAUCAAGAAGGAGAAGGCGCUGUUGACUUCGACGUUGCCGAGUUUAGCCCGGGCAAGUUCCGAUGACGAUCUGCUAUCGACGGAUCUGGACGGGGAAGGAGGAAGUUUGGACGAUCUGAGCAGUAGCAAGGACAAAGAUCUGGACAACAGCUAUAGCAAUGUGAUUAGCGACAGCGGAAUCUCGAUUCGCUACCAGCCUCCUUCGGACCAUGGUAGCCACGGUAGCAGUAAUGUCAGUCUCAACAACGACGUCCCAAUGGCUGUGAGUUACAAUCUACGCGGAGAUUCAGGAGUAGAAUACUUUCACAAAGUAGGCGCCCUGCACAAAGUAGGCGUUUCUCUAUCCCACCAAACGCUGGUAGGGGACCGGGAAAGCUUCCUGAAAAGCGGCAGUCAAAGUGGUUCCGCCACCACCCCUCAGUCCCCUACGGCAACGUUCGCCACUUCGUCUUCAUCGCCUUCCUCCUCAUCGGCGCCUUCUAUGAUCAAAUCGCAAAACGGAAGCAGCACCAGCAGCGUUAGCAACAACAGCACCACCUCCAAGCGGUCCGAUCUGAAUCUCAGCCAUUCGAUGGUCACCCUCUCGACGGGAGUGUCCGCCGGGUCCGGCUCGACGGAACUCCAACGCCAAAAGCCGAUCAUAAUGCGUAGCAUCUCCGGUGGCUACGAACCGUCUUCGUCUUCCAUUUCCGGUGGCAGUGCAUCUUCUUCUUCCUCGCAGAAAAUCCUCAUCCAGCAGUCGGCCUCGAUUCCGAUUGGUGGAGGCGGCAGCAGCAAAGACAAAGUCUCGGAACCGAUCAAAAUGAGCCGGCGGAUGUCCGGCAGUCGGAGGCAGAACAGUGGGGGAGGCGGGGGUGGAGGAUCCAGUGGAGGGGCGUCGGGAAGUGGUGCAAGCCCGUCCGGGUCUGGGAACGGAAACGGCGAUGAUGAACCGAUUAUGGUUUAAGUGUAAAAAGUUACGCGAAAUGCCAAUCUCUACAAAUGCAGUCAGUUUAUGAGCGGUGUGUUGUUUGUGGAAUAACUUUGUAACAAAAUAGUAAGUCUAGAAUAUUACCAUUGAUUGAUUUGUCUUUAUUAAAGAGACUUUCGGCCCUUGGCUGGUUCGUCUCUCGAUAUUACCAUGAGAGAUGAUGAUGAUGCGCGUAUAAAACACGAGCCAGUUCACUCGAUUGUGUGGUGUUUUCCCUCAAAUAGCGCUCUAAUGUAUGUGAAAAAUUGUUUCCUGAUGAAUAGGUGAGCUCGUUUCAUAUUAUUCCAUCUAUUCAUUCUAGCUUGUGAGCGAUUUUUCUUCUACGCACUUCAUUGAAUGUUCCAUUGGAACUUCCUAGGAAAAAAAAUUCAGGUAACUCCGGAAACUCCUUCAGGUAUUCCUCUGCAAUUUUCUUCGGAGAUUAACUCAAAAGUUGUUCUAAAAGUUUUUAUUGGAAAUUUCUCCAUUGAUUUCUCUGGAUUAUUAAUUUUAUAUUUAUUUUUUUCAAAAAAAUCAACAAGUUUUAGGUUAGGUAUAUCUCUUGUAAUUUAUUUUUACUCUGCGCUCUUGCACAGCGCCUAAUGCAGUAUAUGCAACUCCAUAUUGAAAUUCAAAAUGGAGGAUCUAUAUUCAAUAUGGCGGCCAUCGUAGACAAAUUUAGUACCUAAAAUCAUGCAAUUCGAGUAUUCACGGAAUGGAAAAGAAAUGUAAACAGCAGAAAUCUUUGUCCGAUUCCAUUGUGUAACAAAAUAUUGCGGCUCAAAUUCAUAAAUUUUUAUGCUGAAUUCUCGCACUUUAAUAUUUGUUGUUACAAUGUUGUUCUAUAAAACACACAAUGUUAUUAACCUUUUUUUUGUUUCCUUAGUUUUGUUUUUCCUUUAGUUAAAAAAAAAUCGCUAUUAAAUAGAAAUCGAAGACAUUCAGUCUUGUUUCGUGAAGAAAGUGUAUGAGUCGGUCGGUUCAGCCCGACCAAUGUGUAACGUGUAUAGGAACCAAUCGUAAGAGAAAGAGAGAGAAAAAAACAUACAGAAUCCAAGUCGCAUUCAGUUUUUUUAUGUGUAACAAAAUUACUAUUAACAAGCGAUGAUUUAUUGUUAAAGAAGAAAAUAACCUAUUUAUAGCGCGAGAAUAACCGUCGAACAGAGCAGCAGCAGCAGUAACAGAAGUGUAUGCGAGUGAAACGGGAUUAACCCCCUCCUUAGAAAGUGUAUACAUACUGUGAGCACGAGGAAUGUGUUUUUUUUUCUUGAGAUAUCGGAGUGAUCGAGUGUAAAUGUACGAACCGUCGUUGUAAGUAAGGUAAAAGUUAAUGACUGGGAGAAGAAGCAGAAAACUCAUUAAAACUAAUAGAUAACACAAGAGCAAACAGCAAAAAAGCGCAUAUAAACAAAAUUCACACAAACCACAUACACACACGCAAACCCACGUAUUAGUUAGAAGGGAAUGAAUCAUAAUUAACCUGGAGUGUGAAGCAGUGAGUGGAAAAAUGAUUAUUAUUCUAUAAUUGUAUAGAUCACGCUACCCCCGGAAAUACGAUCGAAUGAACAAUAUUACAGUUUUUUUUUUCUGAGAACAAGUUUAAUGUUUACGUGAAAUGGUUGUUU